CGGCGAACGGUAUCCGGGUCACGGUUACAGCCGCGUAAUUCGCGUGUGGAGUGGAAGAACGAGAUCGCCGGAUACGGGACAAAAGCGUGGAGAGUAGUGAGAAAACAUUAAAAAAGUUCCAAGCUAGUAGUAGAGACGCGUCGUACAAAUUGCCUCUGGUUGAAUUCCCUUUUCUUUCCUUUCUUCCCUCCCCCAUCCUCCUUCUGACGAACUCUCAGUCAACUCGUUUCCUUGAGAAAGCAAAACUGGGAUACCCGGUUGUGAGCUUUCUGCAAGCUUGACGCUCUCUCGAGUCACAAUCCUUGGGAUUGGUCGAGGGAGGGAUUUGCUUUAGCCGACAUCGGUGCAAAGUAUAGGGAGACGAUCGAGUAUCGGCAAAUAUUUGACGCCAUCAGGAAAUCGUGUGUGUUUGUGUUUGUAGAAGAAAGAGAGAACUUUUCUUUUCUCUCUCUGCUCUCGCGUUUGAUUUUUCGGUCACGUUCACACGCGUGUAAAUCGUGUAAUUCUUGUACCAACGAAAUUCGGAAUAGUUAUAAGCUCGGCUUCGAAUCGAACGAGAUUCCAAAAGAUUUAUUUUCGCGCCUCGAAAAAACGAGUCCAAAUUCUCGAGAGUUUAGAGUUUUAGAUCGGUUUUACCGAGUGUUUUAAUUCCGUAAUAAAGCGUAAUAAAGCAUCCGAACCGGAAUAUCCGAUCAAUGCCAAGAAUCUUGUAACGCGAGGAGCGAGAGAUUCGUUUCGCGGCGAGAGCCAAUUUCCAGCAUUAAUUACACGGAAAUGCGAUUUCAUCGACGAUUCUCGUGCGGAGAGCUCUCUCUCUCUCUCUCUCUCUCUUCAGUCCGGAAUAAUUACGCGCUAUUACGCCAGUUCGAUUUUGCAUCGUCCACCAUGAACGUUAUUACCGUUUAACAAGUAUGAACAUCGAUUAAUAUAGCACGAGGAAAGUUGUGCUCGAACAGUUUCACCGUGUGUGCCAUAGAAGGGGUCCCGAAGGGAUAAUGACAGAGCCACCGCAAAGUAAUUUCACGGUGGAAAGAUUUAGAGGCAUUAGCCGCCGAGAGCCUAUCGCGACGACGACGAUACACGGAAAAUAAGACAACAACGCGAUCUUCGAUGAACCGACGAACGCCUCUCGGUUCCCUGUCUACUCUUUGUUCCCUUCCUACGGAAGAAACAGUCUGGACAGGUUUUACGGCGGCUUAAACGUUCAACUUCGAAAUCGAACCGCGCCCCUUUACCUUCUUUAUCGAAACUUCUCCUGGAUACGUCUCGCUUAUUCCCAUCUUAUCGUUUCCACCGUCUUGAACGGUUUCUGAGGUGACGUCGAAACACAGUCUGGGAACGUGAACACCUGUUUUCCCUUUUGCCAUUCUUCUCUUUCCUUUGCAACAACGCUUAAUCCGACGGAAUCCCUAUGGAAAUUUCUAGAUGGAAAUUAAUAGGUGUGGAUUUGGUGGACGAAAAUUGAGAAUUCUGAAAUCUGUUUCUGCCUCCUCGAAAGAGCCCCAUCGAGACGAUUCUUAAUAUUCGAGUGUCGAGGAGGAUUUGUUGAAAGGAGAAAAAGGGACCGCCUAUUAAUAUUGAUGAGAUUUGGUUUUUGUUAAAACGGCCAAUUAUUCAUUCGGAAUGGUAAAAUCGUUAAUCGAUGUGGCCGAAAAUGUGAAAGCAAUCGAUAAGCAAAGAUUCCAAGCUAGAUUCUCUCGAUCAAAGGAAUCCUCUCUCCUUUUGAUUAUGCAUGAGGUAUUUUUAAAUUUAUUUUGCGCAAUUUAUGAUAUAUUUGGCAAGUGUCGUCGGGUAUUUUAAUCCGAGGAUUAAAGACCUACGGAAGAAUGAUCGAAGAUUCGAGUAGAAAUUUCAAUAAACGAAAACUCGACGUACACAGACAUUCCACAAGAGUUUGAUAUUUCUACGAAUCUUUUCGAGGGGGGGAAAAAAAAGUUUAUCAACAUCACUUUUCGUUUGUAAGAACAACAUUGAAAAAUAAGUUUCGAUAAACGUCCGACUUCUCUGAAUUUUCCAAACUACUACGACGAAAUAAUCAUUGGGAAAGAAGGAAACAAAAUUAUGAUCUUAUCGAGAUAUCGAUACAUCCCGUCUUAAUUAUAAUCUAUCAUAAUUACGCGAGACGACACGAGAUCGAAAAGCGAUCUCAUUUAUUACUUGAAUAUCGACGAAAGGAAUCCUCGACUUAUGACAGAUUAACUUACGUUUCAACGACGAUAAGAAAACGAGCGUGUCGGAACACGGAUCGCAAUUAGUCAGUGGACGAUCGUUUAAAAGAAAAAUGUCGCACAACUACGCAAAAAACGUAGACUUAUUCGCCGUAUCUCGAGCAUGUAAUUUCAGGUUAAUGAAUUUAAUUGGCUUGGACCGGAUCAAAACUGGAAACCGGCUAAAUAUUAUGAUUGACCGUGCAACCUGUUAUUAUACGAAUUUUUCUUAUAUAUUUUUUUUCCUCCGAUUUGUGAAAACUCGUGUUGCGUGCUCGUUCGAAACUCCCUCCCACUUAAAUCAUUUAAAAUCAUUACUCGGAAAUGUCGGAAAUGUUUGUUGCCGCUUAUCAAUCCCCCGGAUUUAGAUAUGAAUUAUUUAAUACCGGAUACUCGAGCGAUGGCGACAACUUGCCGAUUCAUGAAAGGUAAUUUACGCGUGGAGAUAUCCAAACGCCGAGAAUUCGCCAAUCAUUCGCCAGAGGAAUUUCCAAGUGUCUCAAUUUCCUUUAAUAAUUACCGAUAUCAUAACGUCGAUUUUCUGGAAGAAAAAAAAAAAAAAAAGAAAAACAAAAAUCGACCGAUCUUGGAAAUAUUUCUUUACUCGAAGUCGAAUCGAGACUAUUAUAUUCGCCUAUUUCUCUCUCGUAUCACGAAAACGUUAAACGUUUCUCUUGGGAAUCCCAUAUUCCCUGUUUUAUGCGUCCCCGUGGCGUGAGAGAUUGCGACCGCAGACCACUGCAUUAACUAAAGUGCACCUUCCAAAAUGAAGACCAUGACUGAGGAAAUAUCGAUGCAUCGAAUUAACCCGAGAUAAGUCGCAUUUUCCUUAUCCAUAUCUCUUUUUUUUUAACCCUUUUCGUUCGAUGCCAACAGCCUGACACGAUCUCGAGAAAGAAUCGAGCUAUUAAUCCACCUUGCGGCUCGGUUCAAGGAUGAGACGGUUGCAACAGGGAGCAGAGCAGGGCAGGGCCGGUGCCGAUUGUGCAACCUCUCCGAUUGCAUCCGUUGGUGCGGUCGAGCUUUUUUCUUUUCGGCACGAGUUGAAGAGAAACGACGGGUUGCGUAAGUUGUAAACGCGUUUGGCAGCGCGUUUGCUCGUUCGAGGAGAGAAACGGGACACAAGCGACGAAAAUAAAAUAACUACCUCGCCACGGAUGAGGUUCUAAGCAACAGACCGCCAUGAUAUGACACUGGAUUGAGAGGAAGAGCGUGCAACCGACGACCAACCACCAUGAGGAAGUUACUGCAGUUUUUGGCGGUGAUAUUGUUGGGUGUCAAUGCCAGGCGGACGGACGCCGACGCCCCUGUCGACGACGUUUACGGUGGUCAGCGUCGUGGCUCCCUUCACAAGUCUAAUUACAACAACAACAAUGGGAACAACAAUUACAAUUCUCAGUUGAACUCACCCUAUCUCCCGUACCAGCAACCCAGGGAAAGAAAGCCGAAUAUAGUGCUGAUCCUGACGGACGAUCAGGACGUCGAACUCGGUUCGCUGAACUUCAUGCCACGGACCCUAAGGCGAAUAAGGGACGAGGGGGCCGAGCUAAGACACGCAUACGUGACCACUCCUAUGUGUUGUCCAAGCAGGAGCUCGUUGCUGACCGGCCGUUACGUUCACAAUCACGAGGUCUUUACGAACAACGACAACUGCAGCAGCCCCCAGUGGCAACGAGAUCACGAGCCGCACUCGUUCGCCGCUUACCUGAGCAACGCUGGAUAUCGUACCGGUUACUUCGGCAAGUAUCUGAACAAGUACAACGGAUCGUACAUACCGCCCGGAUGGCGGGAAUGGGGAGGUCUCAUAAUGAAUUCACGGUACUACAACUACAGCGUGAACAUGAACGGGAAGAAGAUAAAGCACGGGUUCGAGUACAGCAAGGACUAUUACCCGGACCUGAUAGCGAACGACAGCGUGACUUUUCUACGCCAAAGUAAACACAAUUUCGCACGGAAGCCGGUGAUGCUGGUCGCGAGCUUCCCGGCGCCCCACGGCCCGGAGGAUUCGGCACCCCAAUUCUCACACCUCUUCUUCAACGUCACCACACACCACACCCCGGCCUACGACUACGCGCCGAAUCCCGACAAGCAAUGGAUACUGCAGGUCACGCAGAAAAUGCAACCCAUACACAAACAGUUCACGGAUCUCCUGAUGACCAAGAGGCUUCAGACGUUGCAGAGCGUGGACGAUGCCGUGGACAGGAUUUACCAAGAGUUGAAAGAUCUGGGCGAGUUGGACAACACGUACAUCAUCUACACGUCCGACCACGGCUACCAUCUCGGCCAGUUUGGCCUGAUCAAAGGGAAGAGUUUCCCUUUCGAGUUCGACGUGAGAGUGCCGUUCUUGAUAAGGGGGCCUGGCAUCGAACCCGGCACCAUAGUAGACGACAUAGUUUUGAACAUCGACUUGGCGCCGACGUUUCUGGACAUAGCCGGCGUCGAGACGCCCCCGCAGAUGGACGGUCGUUCCUUUAAGAAACUUUUUCAGAACAAACACGGGAGAAGAUCCAAGUUCAAGUGGCCGGAUACGUUCCUGAUCGAAUCUUCCGGGCGUCGAGAAACGCCGGAAUCGAUCGCCGAAUCGAAAGCGAGGGAAGCGAGGAAACAGAAUCAAACGGCGUUGGUUAAACAGCAUUCGAACGCGACACCGGAAGAGGAGGAGGACAACACGGCCGAUCCGGAUACGGAGCACGAGUCGGAGCAUCGAUUCUUCGAGAACGAUACGGGAAGCGAUCAAGACAUAUCGGAGGACGAGGAUUUCGAAGACUCGAUCAUCGAUGAAUCGAACUCCGAUCCGCAUCUGGACAACAGGGUCCAUCCCGUUCACUCGACCUUCUCCACCAAGCACGAACGAUUGGCCAUCGAGUGUUCGAGGCCGGAAGUCCAGACGAAUUGUAUCCCGGGACAGAAAUGGCGUUGCGAGAGGGAUGGGCACAGGUGGAGAAGGCACAAGUGCAAAUACGCGGCACCCCCGCCGAGGAUGUCGAAGAAAUGCGCCUGCUUCACGCCGAACGGUGUCGUUUAUACAAGAUUGGAGUCGAACGAUUACGAUUACGUGCAUCGAUACCCCGGUUUUGGCAGGGAUAGAAGACCGACCGAUGUGUACGCGGAUGUAGCCAGAUACUUUGCUAGACGAGGCAAACGAGACGUGUCGGGAGCAGGGAGCGAAGAUUCCGGCCAAGAUACAGACGAGAACGAUGAUGAAUAUAAUGACGGUGAGCGGGAUCGGCGAGCCAUCGACGAGGAGGACGACGAGGAUUUCUUCCAGGAAUUGGACAGUCUUGCGGACGAUGUGAGAAAGGAAUACGUAAACUUGAUCUUUAGGGAUAGAUUCGAUAACCAGACGUCGGAGGAUGAGAAACUCGAGUUCGAUAAUUUGAACGAAUCGGAAUACUCGAUCGACGACUUCGAUCCUAGCUUGGAUAAAGUGGUGAAAGGUCGGUUGAACGUCGAAGACGUGGUGAGAAGACACAGGAGGAUACGAAGGAGCGUCACGAAGAAGGACACCGUUGAACACGUGACCAAGAUAAUGGAGAGCAUCGAAGAGGAAUUGGACGAUUUAAAGGCGACCCAAGAACGCCAGUCGGAACCAAGAAGAGCCUUUCCGCCGAAAUGUUCUGUCCUUCCGCAAGGAGGGGUGAAUUGUUCUGAAACCGUGUACCAGGAUCCGAACGAAUGGAGGAACUCGAGGCGAGAGAUCGAACAGCAAAUCAGAGAAAUGAGGAUGCAGUUGGAGACGUUAAAAGAUAUUCGUCGUCACUUGAUGACCAAGCGACCUCACGUUAUGAAAGAUCCGGAGGACGGAUUCAAAAGCACGGAAGAGGCACAUAAACCGCAUCAUCAUCCUUCCAAAAACCACGUGAAUCGGCAUCACAAGAAACACGAGCACGCCAAUACGAUUAAUCCUGCGGCAACGACCGUUCGUUCAACGACAGUGAAACGCGUUGAUCAAGCGACGGAAGGAAGGUCCGUUGCGUCCACGGACACCACGGAGAAUAAAUCUAGAUUUAACGUUACAGCCACGGAAAGUAGCGAUACCGAUACGAUCACCACUUCGAGCGAAUCAACUUCCACCGUUUCGUUAUCGUCGACUUUUAAGCCAAAGAAAGCGUCUCGUCGUCAAAAGACAAAAGAGCCUGUAGUUGGUAAUAGGACGGAAGCGGAGGACGACAAGGUGCAGAGACGAAGGAAGAUCCACCAUCAUCGAAGGAACAAUACUCUUUUCACGAAUAGCGUGCACGACGAGGUGCCGAUUGUAAAUGUGAGCGAGACAAUCGAGACGACUGUGACCGCGCAAAGCACUACGUCUAGGUCUCAGUAUCAUCAUCAAACAACAAGGUACACGACAAUUCCUACGACGACAAUGAAGGAAACGACGAUUCACAGGGAGAAUACUGUCACCGGUAUAGGCGACGUCACGAAUGACUUUACCAAAGAAAAUACGGUGGGAACGAACCCGCAAACGAUAUUAUCCACAGGGUCAGAGACGAUCGACAGAGAAACGACAGAGUCGCAAACGGCGACGCCACCGUUCACCAGGACGACUGGUACCGAAGGACGUUCCAGAACUACGUUCCCAUCGACAGUCGUGACCACGACCACUACGUCUGUGACCAUACCGGUUACAAUUUCUUCGAACAAGAGAUUUCCAAAGGUUCAGAAGAACAGGACCAACAAUCUUGGACCAUCCAGAAUCGACGUUACCAUUUUGGAAUCCCCGGAUAGGAGGAGCAGACAAGAAAUAAUAGAUAUAGCGAAUAAUAAUCGCCGGUUACCACCAAUGCUGAACAGUCCUUUGGAAGCACGUCACAAGUGUUACUGUGAGCCGGAUUCUUACUCGAAAAAGGACGAGAAAGAGAUCGCUCGGGAGGAAAGGAGAAGAUUGAAGGAGGAACGUUUGAAGAAAAAGGAGAGGAAGCUGAGGAAGAAAGCCAAACUGGAGAAGGAGUGUUUAACCGAAAAGAUGAACUGUUUCGAGCACGAUAACGAUCAUUGGCGCACAGCACCGUUGUGGAGUGCGGGCCCAUUCUGUUUUUGCAUGAAUGCCAACAAUAAUACGUACUCGUGCAUCCGCACCAUUAACGCGACACACAAUUUCCUUUACUGCGAGUUCACUACCGGUUUGGUCACUUAUUAUAACCUGAGGAUCGAUCCGUUCGAACAAUGGAACAGGGUUUCGUCUUUAACGUCUUUGGAACGUUCCUAUCUUCACGAUCAAUUGGAACAUUUAAAGGGGUGCAAAGGGACGAGGGAUUGCACGGUUGGAAACGCGAAGGAAGCAUUGCCGCAGCAACAGCAUCAGAGAUUCAUCGCGAAAAGAAAAUUCGCCAAUACGUUCGAGGAUAUGUUCGUACCAUCGACGUUACAAAUUAUUCGUGAGAGCGAGCUUAGCAGUCCGCCGAAUAAGAGACGGAAAAAGUUGCAGAACGUUUGGAACAGACGAAGCAGAAGCUGGCAAACUAAUUUUAGGCAUCAUCAAGACACGAUGAAUUAUCGUCGGCACAGACAUCAGUACUGAUUAUCAUUGAUUCGUUUGUUUCUUUUUGAACAAAUUGUCGAAGGAUGCGUGAAAGCAUUGCCUUAGAUGUAUAUUAAUUUCGCGAUGCAUUUAAUAAUGUAAUUUAUUUAGUGAUAUUUAAUCGAGGAAGGAUACGUGAUAUUUAAUUGAAAAUGUUCGGAUUCCAUUAAAAUUAGAAUCGCGCUUUUAAAACGAUUGUAUUUCGCGUUGCAGAAAGAAAGAAAGAAUCGUCUAAAAAUGAAUGGGAUCGCAAAAACAUGUCGACUAUCUAAACGAAUGAUCUAAAUAGAUAGAUUGACUUAUACCGUCUCGAAAAACUUUGUUCUGCAAUGUUGGUACAUUAUGUAUAUUUCUAAUGCUAUAUUUUUCACAAAAUUAAAUUGCGACUGAUCGGACGUGUUUCGCUUAUAUUAAAUGACGUACACGUGUGAUUAACAAUCGGAAACGAUCUAAACGAUCUUUUUUUUUUUACUUAAUAGCCGAUAUUUUUUAUAAUAAUUUAUUUACCAUUACUACUAUUACUACUACUACUCGUCUCUUUAGGUCUUUUUGUAUACAAGAAAGCGAAUAACUCGAAUGAAACGAUACUUGCCUAACGAGAUUUAGAGUAAUUUUAAAAUCUUCGAUUGUUCGGAAUUAGCGACACGAUACUUCUUUGAGAAGUGAAUAAUCGAUAUCAAGUAGGUUUAUAAAGAAGAAAGAAUUGUCUAAGGGGAGAGAGGGAUCUGAGGGUUCGUCUAUCGCGUCACAACGAGAAAAAUUAAAUUCGAGUUUGUGAGGAUACGAACUGAAACGCACAACGAAAGAACGGAACACAAUAGGAAAAUCGUCCUGCCAAAAAUUUGUUGUCUUUCUCUUGUGAAAUUUUCUAUAUACCGAUAUACGUUUAUAAAACGUUUGUUCUAUCGAAGCUGCCAUUCGUUUUAUUUUUUUCCUAUUGCCUUCAUGCAAUAACAUUGCAAAAUAUGAAUUGCGACUGCCACAAAGUAUCUUACUAAUCAUUCUAGCCACAUCAUUACUAGGAUGUUUGAAUGGAGACAGGAAAAAAAAAAAAAGAAACAAAAAUAAUAAUUCAAAAUGUAAUCAAAAAGUACACAAUGUUAAGACUGUAUGAGUUAUAAUUAAAAAAAAAAAAUACUUUUAGCAUUGUUUAUUUUGUGCAAUUUCCUGUCUUAUUAGAAACAAUAUGAAAACUUUUGUGAUUGCUACACCUAACAACAGUCUCUGUUAUAAUGAAAAAAAAAUUGAAUGCUGAUGGAUGUAUAUGUUACUAUAAAUAUAUACAAAAAAAAAAAAAAAAAUGAAAUUCAUUAUUUCAUAUAUUUGCUUCAAUAAAGUUAGAAGUUUUUGACUAUAUUUGUUAUUUUUUAAUGAAAACUAAUUAUAAUUAUCAUUGUAUAGUAUGAUUAGAUUUUCUCCAUUAGCAUUUUAUUUUUUUUUAUACAAGUAUAUGUCUGUGUUAUGUACUAGAUUCUCAGUUAGUGUCCUGAGAAUAUCUUCAAGAUUUUGAAGUUAAAGCAAUGUAUUUAAAUCAUGUGAAAUAAAUAAAUAAAAAAAUACUGUCCAAAUUC